AUGGUAGCUUGUUUCCUUCCUCCUCCAUUCUAUUCUGUAUCUGGUUUGAGCUCCGAUGGUGAAACAUUACUAUCACUCUCACGCCAUUGGAUUUCUAUACCCCCAUCACUCGUAUCAACCUGGAAUGAUUCUGAUGCAAAUCCUUGUUCGUGGGUUGGUGUUCUUUGUGAUCGGAACAAGCUGGUAAUCUCUUUAGACUUAUCAAAAUCCCAAAUUUCCGGUGAAUUAGGGCCGGAAAUCUCCCGGUUAACCCAACUGAAAUAUUUGAAUUUGAGUUUUAACCAUCUCUCCGGUCAAAUUCCUUCAUCGAUAAGCAAUUGUAGUCGUCUUCAACAGUUGGACCUGUCGCUCAACGACCUUACUGGUAAGAUACCAGACAGCUUCGGUAACUUGCGUUUGAAAUCGUUGAUUCUUUCUAACAAUUCACUCAAUGGGUCCAUUCCGGAAUCCAUCUUUCACAUUUCCGGUUUGGAGGUGCUUCUCCUCAGCUCCAACCAGCUGACCGGUUUGAUUCCGUCGAACUUGGGAAACGCAACCAUGCUCAACAAAUUAUGCCUUGACGAUAAUCACUUCACUGGGUCUUUGCCUGAUAGCUUAAAUGAUCUUGCUAACCUCGUUUAUUUAGAUGUUCAUAAAGCUGGUGUAGAAGGUAGAAUUCCUUUGGGUUCCAAUGGUUGCAAAGAUUUGAUCUAUUUAGAUUUGUCUUUCAACAACUUCAUCCGUCUUCCACCUGAGUUGGGAAACUGUAGCAACCUGCAACAAUUCGCUGUUGUGAAAUGCCGGUUAACCGGUGAAAUCCCCUCUUCUUUUGGUCAACUCACCAAAUUGACUCUCCUUUACCUAUCUAUCAAUGAAUUGUCAGGAAAGAUUCCUACUGAGAUUGCCAAUUGCUCAUCGUUGUCUGAUCUUCAACUGGAUCAAAAUCAACUCGAGGGUGGUAUUCCAAGUGAGCUUGGUAUACUGAAGCUGAAAUCCCUUUUUUUGUUUACAAAUCGUUUAACAGGUGAGGUUCCAAUGAGUAUUUGGAAAAUCGAAACCCUAGAACACCUUCUUAUCUAUGAAAAUCGUCUUUUUGGUGAACUACCCAUUGAAGUCGCCCAGAUGAAGCAAUUGAAAGAGUUUACUCUGUUUACUAAUCAUUUCUCCGGUGUCAUACCUCAAAGUUUAGGAAUGAACAGCGAUCUUGUCAUACUUGAUUUCCUCGACAACUCCUUCACUGGACCAAUCCCACCCAAUCUUUGCUUCAGAAAGAAACUUGAGCGACUGGUUUUAGGGUUCAAUAAUUUCGAAGGUGGUAUCCCUUCCAACCUUGGAAACUGUCCAAAUCUUCUACGAUUGAGAUUAGAGAACAGUAGUCUCACCGGAGUUCUUCCAGAAUUUGUGAAUAAUCCAACCCUAGAUUACAUGAACUUUGAAAACAACAAUUUCACCGGUGAAAUCCCAGCUAGCAUCGGUAAUCUUACGAAUAUAUCACAAAUUAUCCUCUCCAUGAAUAGGUUUUCAGGUGUUUUACCUAAGGAGCUUGGAAAUCUCGUUCAUCUUCGAGCUCUGAACCUUUCCCACAAUGCAUUCGAAGGUCCUUUACCAUCUCAACUAACAAAUUGCAGGAAAAUGUUGGAAUUUGAUGCAAGUGAUAACCAGUUCAAUGGCUCAAUUCCAUAUGCUUUUCAGAGCAUGUCAGGGCUAAUGAGACUGUAUUUAAGUGACAAUCAAUUUUCCGGGAACAUCCCUGAUUUCAUAUCUGAAUUCCAGGCUCUGAUAGAUCUUCAACUUGAUGGAAACGCAUUAAAUGGAACAAUACCUUCUUCAAUAGUAGAGCUCAAGUCACUCGACACAUUAAACAUCAGCAGAAAUCAUCUCACAGCCGAGCUUCGUGUGUUAACUGGCCUCAACAUUUCAUACAAUCUCUUCACAGGUCAAAUACCAUCACCAUUGAUGAAAUUUCUCAAUUCCUCUUUUGAUUCCUUCUUAGGGAAUCCAGAUCUUUGUGUCGAUUGUGGCUCAAACUGUGAUCCUUUCAGAAACUUCAAGCUGUGUCCUGGUUCUUCAAACAAACAGAAAGGUCUUAGCAAGUUCCACACUGCAAUGGUGGCCCUUGCAACAUCUGCAUGUCUGUUUGCAGUAGUUAUUGGAGUUGGUUUCAUGCUUCAAUGUCGACAAAGAGAAAAACACGAUAUAGAAGAGGUGUAUCCUGAUAAAGAAGAUGAUGAUGUUCUUUUUCAGAGAGUAAUGCAAGCUACUGAAGACUUGAAUGAUAGGUACAUAAUCGGGAGAGGAGCCCAUGGAACUGUUUACAAAGCUUCACUAGGUCAAAACGGGGUUUUUGCAGUAAAGAAGCUUAUGUUUGGAGCUAGUAAAGAAGGAAGCACAAGCAUGGUUAGAGAGAUUGAAACAGUUGGGAAAGUCAGACACAGGAAUCUUGUGAGAUUGGAAGAUUUUUGGAUGAGAAAGAAUUACGGGUUGAUUUUAUACAGGUAUAUGCAUAAUGGUAGUCUUCAUGAUAUACUACACGAGAUGCAUCCACCUCCAUUGUUGGAUUGGAGCAUUCGUUGUAACAUAGCUCUUGGCACUGCUCAUGGUUUAGCAUAUCUCCAUUUUGACUGUGAUCCUGCUAUCGUGCACCGAGAUAUUAAGCCCAUGAACAUUCUUUUAGAUGAUGAAUUGGAGCCUCACAUCUCAGAUUUUGGAAUUGCCAAGCUUCUCGAUCAAUCCUCUCCGGCAUUAAUGAGUGGCAUACUCCGUGGCACAAUCGGAUACAUCGCUCCAGAAAAUGCAUUUACAAACACGAAAAGCAUGGAGUCUGAUGUGUACAGUUAUGGUGUUGUUUUACUGGAGUUGAUAACGAGGAAGAAAGCGGUUGAUGAUUCGUUUGCGGAUGGGUUGGAUAUUGUGAGGUGGGUGAAGUCUGUUUGGAGUGAAAAGGUGGAAUUGGAGGUGGUUGUGGAUUCAGGGCUUUAUGAUGAUCUGUAUGAUUCUUUUGUAAGGGAACAAGUGACUGAAGUGCUUCAGCUUGCUUUGAGGUGUACAGAAACUGAACCAAACAGAAGACCUUCAAUGAGAGAGGUAGUCAAGGAGCUUGAAGAUGUGUACGGAUCUCUCAGAAGCAAGCUUAAGUAGUUUUAGCUUUUUCAAACAUACAUACAUAUAUGUAUGUAUGUAUGUAUGAGCGAUUUUGGUUUUGUAGGGUUUUGACUUUCAGGAAUUGGUAUGAUGAAGCACAUUUAGGGUUUUGCUUUAUGCAUCAUAAUCAUGUGAAAGAAAAACAAAACAGCAAUAGGAAAAGGUAAAAUGAUUGUAAUUGUAAAGUGGU